AGAGAGAUAGAGAGUCUUGUUUUGAAUUUAAAAACGCUAUAAUUCUGUUUAUGUGUUUCCGUUGAUGACACUCGACAACCUGGACACACUUUACACGCCCUCUCUUGCUUCGAUGAUGAUGAUCCCCAAACUAGAAUUCAAUUGAGAUCCUCAACGCUUUUCAGCACACAGAGCAGUGAAUUGGAUUGGUGUGCAAGUGCAAUGCAGAGAUCUCGCAAAGCUCUUCUUCAAAGAAGGGCUAAAACCUGCAGAAGCUAUCUCUAUAAACUGUCUAUGUCCUUGGUUUUUGUUUUGUGGGGACUGAUUUUCCUCUACAGCUUGUGGAUAAGUCGAAGCCAUGGUUACACAGCUACAGAUGCAGAUGGAUCUGGAGAACUCCCAGUUGCUGUAUCAAAUGGCAACAAAGAAGAGGACACAUACUGCAAGAUUAAAGAAACAGAUGCUCACGUUUCCGUUGAGGAUUUGUCACUUCUCAGUGGAGAAAGCUUAAGUUCUGUUAAACCCGGUGAUAAGCAAACUAGAGAAGAAGAUGAAGCUGAGAGAUCUGAAUAUGAGUCUGAUAUGCUUAAGCCUCUUGGUCUUGAUGAAUUCAAGAGCAGGGCAAUCAGUUCCAAAAUCAAGUUAGGUACUGGUCCCUCCGGAAAUGUGAUCCACAGAGUAGAGCCCGGUGGUGCAGAAUACAAUUUUGCUUCCGCAUCAAAGGGGGCUAAAGUUCUAGCUUCUAAUAAAGAAGCCAAGGGUGCCGCUAAUAUCUUAACCAGAGACAAAGACAAAUAUCUUCGAAAUCCUUGUUCUGCAGAAGACAAAUUUGUCAUCAUCGAACUUUCAGAAGAAACAUUGGUUGGUACAAUAGAAAUAGCUAAUUUCGAGCAUCAUUCCUCCAAUUUGAAAACUUUUGAAUUGCGUGCAAGUUUGGUGUAUCCAACAGAUGUUUGGGUAUUCCUUGGGAAUUUUACUGCCUCAAAUGUGAAGCAGGCCCAAAGGUUUGUUCUUCAUGAGCCGAAAUGGGUGAGGUACCUGAAUUUGAACCUCCAGAGCCACUAUGGUUCAGAAUUUUACUGCACUCUAAGUGUGAUUGAAGUUUAUGGUGUGGAUGCAGUGGAGAGGAUGCUGGAGGACUUGAUACAUGCUCCAGAUAACCCAUUUUCAUCCGGUGAAGACAAGAGAGCUGCUGAGGAAGAUGAUGUUGGCCAAAUUAAUUUUGGAGGAGCCAAUUCUGAAGUGUCUUCUGUAAACCAGGAGGCUGUUCCUGAUCCAGUUGAAGAAAUCCGCCAACAAGUUGGCAGGAUGCCGGGGGAUACUGUGCUCAAGAUUUUGAUGCAGAAAGUUCGUUUUCUAGAUUUGAACUUGUCUGUUUUGGAGCAGUACAUGGAGGAAUUGAAUUCUAGAUAUGUCAAUAUUUUCAAAGUAUACAGCAAGAACAUUGCAGAAAAGGAUAUACCUAUACAAAUGAUUAGAGAUGACAUUAGGAAUUUCCUUCACCGGCAGGAUGCUAUGAUGAAACAUGCUAGAGACUUAGAUUCUUGGAUGUCCCAUAUCUCCAGGCAGUUGGAUCAUGUACGUAGGGACAAUGCUGUUCUGAGGUCUGAGGUUGAGAACGUCCGGGAGAAUCAAGAAUAUUUGGAAAACAAGGGUGUGGUUGUGUUUCUUGUCUCUGCUAUUUUUUCAUUGCUUGCUAUCUUGCGGCUGUUUCUGGAUACGGCAAUGAGCAUAUACCGAACACUAAGUUAUCAAAAAACAAAUAAUUCCAGGAAAUUUUGUGAAGCUAGCUCUCCCUGGUUGCUCCUAUUAUUGACUUGUACCAUUAUUAUUUUUAUAUUAACUAUAUGAUGAGUCCAAUCUUGAGCAAAUCUCAGUUAUCAAGGGUUGUUUUGAUGUG